AUGCAAACGAUUUAUUUCGAAACCCGUGUUUGAACUCGCGGUCCCUGACAUAACAAUAGGUAUAUAUACUAAUUCCUGUAUCAUCUAAAAAAAAGUAUUUUUCGUUUUUAUUAUAAUACAAAUAUAUGUUUUUUGUUUAUACUGUUUAACACAUUUAUUUACUUCCAUGUAGUCCUCCAUAAAAGUCCUCGAACUUCUACCCGGACAAAAUCAAUAAUGUCACCACAAUUUACUGUAGUACCACCUUUUAACAUGUUUAAAAUGUAUAGAAUUAAUUAAUAUUUAUUAAAUCAGUGAUAACAGGCGGUGGACCGAAUGACGUAGCCACCAUAGAUUCAUUAGAUGAGGAAUUACAAUGCUUUUCUGAGAAAAAUAAUUCAGAUUGGAAAAAGUUUGCUCCAUUGGAUACAGGUGUUGGAAACUGUAUUUUUAUCAGUACUACUGUAAGUUAAUCAUUUUAUUAUUUCGUAUUAGUAAUAGUAAAAUAUUUUAUUGAUAAUUCAUUGUUAGAUUGAAGAUCCAUGUAGUCUUAUUUACAAAAUAUUUGAAGAUAUAGAAAAGACUAAAGUUCAGAAGACACAGUUUCUUUUACGCAUGCUUCCAAUUGCUGUUACUUGUAAAGUAAUAAACAACUAUAAUAUUAUUUUACAUUAUUAAUAUUUGGUAUAUUUAUAGUCAACUAUACCAUCCAUAUUAACAGUGUACACAGAUUUAUUUGCCAAACACUUUUGUACAGAACCAACAACAUUUGCAAUUGUAUUCAAGUAAAAAAAAACAACUUAUAAUAAUCAUAUAAAAUAUUUAAUGGUGUACAUUUUAGUCACAGAUAUAACAAUUCAGUGUCACGUGCUAAGUUAAUUGUAGAGUUGGUUAGUAAAGUGGUUAGUUUGGGACAACAUACAGUGGAUUUAUCUGGUGAAGCUAAAAUAACUAUUAUUGUUGAAGUGUUAAAAUCUAUAUGCUGUUUGUCUGUAGUCCAGGAUUAUGGUCACUUUUUCAAAUUCAAUCUUCAUUCUGUGUGUGGUCUACCUGAAAAAAGAACAGCAGAAAGUGAAAAUGGUAACUUUUAUAAUAAUAUAUUAAUGAUAUUUUAAAUAUAAAUCAUCUAUAUAUGUAUUAUUAAAAAAAAAAAAACAUUUGUUAUGAUGUAAUUUAUGCCAAUGAUACAUUUCAUUAUUUCAAAAGAUAAAUUAUUUUAUUUUAAUGGUAGUAUUUAAGACCUAGAUAGUGGAGUUACAGUGAGUGUAAAAAGUAUUUGUACACCCUACAUUUUUAAAUAAAUAUUCAUUUUUCUUCAUACUUUAUUUUUCGCGAUGAAUUAAUACAUGCGUAUUAUUCUUUUAUGAUUUUGAAUUAUAACAUUUAACAUGGUUUUUUUUUUUAAUAUAAUUAAAAAUGGUCAAUGAAUAAUAUGCAUGUAUUAAUUUAUCGAUAAAAAUAGAAUAUUAUGAAAAAAAAUGUACAUUUAUUUAAAAAUGUAGGGUGUAGGAAUACUUUUUACACUCAAUGUAUAUGUAUUUGCAUGUUCUUACUGAGUAUGCAUAAACUAUUUUAGCGUAUCAAAUGAAACCAAUUUUAUAUUAUUUUUUUUCAUUAAUAAAUCUAAAAUUAUUAUAAGUAAAUUAUAAUAUUAUAUUUGUAUUUAUGAAAAAUCUUUUUUUUUUCUAAGUAGCUUAAGUAGCUAUAUUUUGAUAUGUUUACAAGACAGUUAACACCUAAGCUGUUUUUAAUUAGCAGGUAAAUAAUUACACAAGUAUUACCACAGUUAAUGGAUCAAAUAUCUAUUCACUAUUAUUAGUUAUUUUGAUUAUAUGUCAGCUAGAAAUAUAAUUAACUAGAUAAUAAUAAUAAAUUUAAGUAUUUUUUGAAUGCACAAAUGUGAAAUAUUUUGAAUGUUUUUGUGCAAUACUGUCAUUUAAUUUUGUAAAUUUUUAUGUUUAGUAAUUUAUAUAAUUCCAGUCCCUAACUAUACCAAAUCAAUCAAUAUAAAAAUGUAGUACUACACAUGAAUCUAUUUAAAUUAUAAAUUUUUUAGAUAUACAUAUAGGGCUAAAGUAGUUGAAAACAUUGUUUUUGUAUCCAAUUAAUGUUUUAAGAACAGGUAAUUUGAUUUAAUUUAAAUUAUUUGUUAAGGUAAGAAUGAAAGCAGUUCAUCUCUGAAAAUAAAAGAAUGUGAAGAAAAUGAUCAGAUCAAUGAAAAAUAUAAAAAACAGAGUGAAACUAUCAAAGAAAUCCUUGAAAAUUAA